AUGUGGUCCUAUGUCCAAUACAAGCAAAUUGGGAGAGCUGUUGAGCACGAGUGGCGACAACAACAAUCGAGUCGAUCAGCACACAAUACGGAGACCAGCAGAAAUGGCGAUUUUAUAGGAUCGCAACAGUCCGACGCAACGCUGCGGGAGAAUGACCCUAAGCGACAUGCGUCUCAACAAUCUGGCAAGAAGGCAGAGGGAAAGCAGCACGAGGAUAGAAAAGUCAUUGUAGAUCUUCAGAGCAACACUGACCCAAUCGACCCGCACAAUUGGUCUCUCCUUGAACGCGCGCGGACAAUGGCCAUCCUGAGCAUGCUGGUGUUUACGCAAGCAUGGGCUGGUGCAUGCGACUCCCUCGUUAACGGCAAAGCCAGCGCAUGGUACCAUGUAAGCCCUGUCGCUGAGGACCUCUCCACCGCGAUGUACUUGUUCGGCAUAGGUUCUGGUUGUCUCUUCGUCGGUCCACUCUCACAGACUCUUGGCCGGAACCCUGUGUAUCUGGGGUUCACCUUGGUGUACUUGUUCUUCAUUUUGGGAACAGCGCUCGCGAAAAACUACGCAAGUCAGGCCGUGUGCAGAUACCUAGCUGGUCUUGCAAGCAGUGCCGCGCUCGGCAUCAAUGGCGCAAGUGUUGGCGAUAUGUUUCGCCCUGUUGAACGAGCGCUGUGGUUUCCAAUCAUCGCCUGGGUCAACGUUGUCCCUCCCGUUCUUGCACCUAUCGUAGGUGGAUGGGUCGCUGAACACGACAACCUCAGCUGGCACUGGAUUGAUUGGAUCACGUUCUUCAUCUCCGCAUUUGCCUUUGUAGUUGCGUUUUUCUUCCUCCCCGAGACCUACCUGCCAACGCUCCUCGACUACAAAGCCACACACCUGCGCCGCGUAUCCGGCUCUUUGAAAUACGUCACCAAACACAAACAGAACUCCAACUUCCUCACCAUGAUAAAACAAGUGCUGCCACUGUCUGUCAAGUUUUCAACAACCGAGCCAGCCGUCCUCUCUCUGGGUGGUUUCCUCGUCCUACUCUACAUCAUCCUCUUCACCUUCCUCUCGGGCUUUGAAUACAUUUUCAAGCGGCGUUACAAUCUCAACGAUCUCGAGGAAGGGGCAUGCUUCGCUUCGAUCGCUCUCGGCGCCACAGCUUUCUCACUCACCAGUCCCGCACUCUACAGCUGGACACGCCAUUACACCGGGUAUGCCGACCAUGCCUCUGUUACUCCAGAGUUCCGCCUCUGGCCUGCGAUGAUCUCAUCCCCUCUACUUCCAAUCUCGCUCUUCUGGCUCGGCUGGACGGACUACAGCUGGAUAUCGAUCUACUCGGGUCUCGGGGCGUGUUUCUGCUUUGGCAUCGUGCUGAAUGCGAUGUACGUCAGUAGCUACGAGUACAUUAUUGACAGCUAUGGGGAGAAGGCGAGUAUUGCGCUGGCGAGCGUGACGAUGAUGCGGUAUCUAAUUGCGGGUGGGAUGGUUAUGGCGGCGAGGCCUAUGUAUGAGGCUAUUGGUGUGCACUGGACGAUGACGCUACUGGGAUGUGUUGCUGUGGCCUUGGUGCCAGCGCCCUAUGUAUUGUUCAAGUACGGGAAGAGUUUGAGGGAGAAGAGUCCAUUUGCGAUUCAGGAUGUAAGCAAGUCGUAA